AUGCAACCGUCCGACGCCCCAUCCUUCCUCUCCACUACCCCCGCGGAGGGGAGCUUCGAGCCACGGCAGCAGGAGUCGGAGGAGCUUGGUGGAGCCGCGUCAUCGCCGUCGCCGUCGCCGUCGCGUGCCACGCGAGCUGGCGGGGAAACCGGCGGCGUUAGAUGCCAGGAAUGCCGGCACCGCCGGGCCAAGGCGUACUGCCCGCACUGCCGCAGCUGCCGCGGCGCCGUCUGCCCCGGCCACGUGAAGACGACCUCUCACGUCCCCGCGUCCCAGUGCAGCGAGGGCCAGCAGGCGACGCUCGCGGCCUCAGCCUCAGCCGCGGCCGUCGACGUCGAGCCCAUCCCCAACAAGCGCCCUCGCUGGACCGCGCUUCCCUCUGCCGCCACCGCCGCCGCCGCCGCCCCGACCACCACAUCGUCCGUGGAUCAGCCGAUCGCGACGACGGUGCUGGAGAGGUUCGCGAGGGAGGUGAGCUUGGACGCCGUGUUCCGCCGCGUGCGGCUAGGAGGGCCGGCCGAGCCGGAGGUCGCGUACUACACCACCGUCACCAUCGCCGGGCACGUGUUCAGGGGAGUCCUGUACGACGUCGGCACCAACACCCACAGUGGCAGCACGGCUGCUGCCUCGGAUACGGACGGCAGCGGUGAAGAAGUAGGGUCGUCGUCGUCGUCGCUGAGCACGACCGGCGGCAGCUACCUGGAUCUAACGUUGGGACUGUGA